GGUUAAAGCCCGUUCGAUGUUUUCACUACUGAGAGAUACGAGGAGAGAUUUGAGACAAGUCAUAACAAAAAUAUGCGCUAAAUUGUAUGUUAUUACCUCCAUUCUUGUGAAAGUGCCAGCAGUAGAGGAAAAGCAAGUCUUUUAUCAGUAUUGACUAUUAACUUUAAAUGACGGGAUCGACAGAGAUUCUGGAUAACCAACCCCGUGGAAAAUUUGUCUGCGGUGUUGUUGAAGGUUUCUAUGGGAUACCAUGGACUACAGAACAAAGAAAACUUCUAUUUCAAUGGAUGAAAACAAUGGGAAUGACCACAUACAUGUAUGCACCAAAAGAUGAUGCGAAACAUAGGGCUUUCUGGAGGGAUUUGUAUUCGGUUGAAGAAGCAGACAAUCUCACCAGCUUGAUUGAAGCAGCAACAGAAAACAACAUCACACUGGUGUAUGCCAUCUCGCCAGGGCUAGACAUCAGUUUUUCUAGUUCCAAGGAUGUGCAGUGUCUGAAACGUAAAUUGGAGCAGGUUGCUGCAUUUGGUUGUCGUGCGUUUGCGCUGCUGUUUGAUGACAUUGACCCAGAGUUGAGCGUCUCGGACAAGAGUGCCUUCCAGUCAUCGGCCUGUGCGCAGGUCUCCAUCACAAAUGAGGUGUAUGAGCACCUGGGACAGCCAGAGUUCUACUUCUGUCCUACAGAGUACUGCACGUCGAGGGCCAUGCCGACGCUGCUCACAUCCGGCUACCUGAACACGGUGGGGUCCAAGCUCCUGAACGACAUCCACAUCCUCUGGACAGGGGCCAAGGUGAUCAGCAAGAGACUGACCAUAGCCGAGCUGGAGGAAGUGGCCACUGUGUUCCGUCGUCCACCCACCAUCUGGGACAACAUCCACGCCAACGACUAUGACCAGAGGAGACUGUACCUUGGUGCUUAUGAUGGCCGGUCAACUGACAUCAUUCCCUACUUGCGCGGUGUGCUCACGAAUCCUAACUGCGAGUUUGAGGCCAACUAUAUUCCCUUGCACACACUUGGGCAAUGGUCUCAGUCAAACCAAAAUGCAGUCAAGAAAGACCUCAUUGCAGAGAACCGGUUAAGUCCAGUAAUAUCCGAUAUCAAGCUAGAGAGUGAAUGUGACUUUGCCUCUGAUGAAGACAUCACCAACUUUGACACCAAAUAUCAGCCGAAAGUGGCCCUCAAGAACGCCAUAGCAGACUGGCUGGUGGAGCUGAACAAAGCUAGGAAUCCCCCCAAGUCUGUAGCAGUGGCCACGACACCUUGUGCAACCACCACCGCUGGAGCCCUUGUACCCAACAUGAAUCUACAGCCCCCAGUACAAGCCUAUAAUGCAUUGGCAACAACAAACCUGCCUACGACUACUGUGAACCCAGUGGAUCCUUCAUUCCUUAAUCCCACCUCAGCCGUCCUAGUGAACAGUUUGGUAGACCCUCUGUCCUCACCGGAAGGGUCUCCCGUCCAUCAGCAGGAAUUCUCGGACUCUGAUUGUGAAAACGAAUUGAAGCCUGAACCCAUGGACUGUGUUCCAUCAGCGAUCACAGACAGUAUUAAUGUGCUCACAAACAAUGGAGUCCUACCCAAGAAUGGCUCCACUGACAGUCUCAUGCAAGUAGAGGCUGCACCGACCACCUCUAGUUUGGUUGAGGAGGUUAAGCAGACAGCGAUGGAACUUAAAGAAAACAAUGUGCUUACAGAGGGAGACCUAGAACUUCUUAUCAGUUUCUUUCACUUGCCCUUCGAGUACGCUGCAGUUCCCGUUCAGAUGUUACAGGAUCUUUACUGGCUCAAGACAAAUAGCCAUUACCUGGCUGGUUCAUCAUCACAAUCAUCCACUACGGCCACAGAGUGGAUGGAGGUCUCUGACAGGUUCCUGGGCACAGUAGCGCGGUUCCAGAACGUCCUGCACCUGCUGAGGCGCGCUGCCAACCAGGCUGUGGGGUACUACUUCUACCCAUACAUGUGGGACAUGCUUGGGGUGCUGCAGACCUGUGCUGGCUUCGUCCGAUGGCUAGGUCUUGGUCACAUUUCCAGUCCGACGGGAGUUCAAGUCCAAGGCCUCUAUACAUGGAUGACUAAGGCUUAUCGGGACGAAUUCUUAAGUGGUGACCAGGAGCCCUGGUGUUUCCAAGGUGGCUUGCAAGCCGAGUUUCAACGCAUGUUGCCCAUAGCGACGGCCCAUGAUCUGCUCUACAUACGCCACCCAGAGGUGAUCCUGAAGAAAUGUUACAGCUACAGGCCUUACAGGGCUGCAGACGAAGCGGUUCUGUAUAACAUCUGUCUGCGAACAUGCAAUGAUGGCAUGGACGGUACCCAGCUGUUCCCGGCACAUCCUCAGAUCAUUGGGGACAAGCUGAUAGGUGCCAUGGUCACGCUUACCCCGGAGCACUGCUUCGUUGCCGAGGACGAUGAGGGUUUGAUGGGAUACGUGGUGGCGGCGCUGGACUCCAAGCAGCUGUGUCAGAGACGCACCAUUGCCUGGACACCGGCCAUGAGAGACAAGUACACGAAGCCUGAGUUAAUCACUGGACUGACACCAACAGAGGAGUUGAUUCUGGGCUUCCACAGUGAUCAGCCGGAGCUGCCUGAGUGUGUCUCGACCCCAUUCCCCUCUGUGUUACGUCUCGACGUCCUCUCUGACCGCAUGGAGGACCGGGCUGUCACCAAGCGCCUACUGGCCUGCUGUCUGUGCGCCCUUAGGGCCCAGGGCUCCACAGGUGCACAUGUGGAACUCAGCGUGGGAGACAAGUGCAUGCUGGAGCACUACAGGCUGCUGGGGUUUAACGUUGUGAAACAUUCCGACAAUGGAAAGACGGUGUAUCUUGGCAGGUUCCUGUGACUGAAAUGUCAAUGUUGGCUGGCUGAACUAUGAUGAUUUCAGAAAAUUGUUACGGAUUUGUUGAUUGUUAUGUUUAUAUACAGUCUGGAAUAAGCCAACAGUUUGGCUGUGUUUCGGUGCUGAAAGUGAGGCUAAGUAUAUCAUCAUGUCUGGGGAGGUCUACAAGUCUAUAGUAUAUCAUCUUGUCUGGGGCGGUCUACAAGUCUAUAGUAUAUCAUCUUGUCUGGGGAGGUCUACAAGUCUAUAGUAUAUCAUCUUGUCUGGGGCGGUCUACAAGUCUAUAGUAUAUCAUCUUGUCUGGGGAGGUCUACAAGUCUAUAGUAUAUCAUCUUGUCUGGGGCGGUCUACAAGUCUAUAGUAUAUCAUCUUGUCUGGGGAGGUCUACAAGUCUAUAGUAUAUCAUCUUGUCUGGGGAGGUAUACAAGUCUAUAGUAUAUCAUCUUGUCUGGGGAGGUCUACAAGUCUAUAGUAUAUCAUCUUGUCUGGGGCGGUCUACAAGUCUAUAGUAUAUCAUCUUGUCUGGGGAGGUCUACAAGUCUAUAGUAUAUCAUCUUGUCUGGGGAGGUCUACAAGUCUAUAGUAUAUCAUCUUGACUGGGGCGGUCUACAAGUCUAUAGUAUAUCAUCUUGUCUGGGGAGGUCUACAAGUCUAUAGUAUAUCAUCUUGUCUGGGGAGGUCUACAAGUAUAUAGGCUUAUUUCAACAGUGCAGAGGAUACUGGUGCAAAAGAAGGACACGACAUACAUUAUUGACAAUCAGGCAAGCAGGCUUGAGUAUUAAUAUUUUUGAUACAAUUUGUGGCCCUUAAAGGGGUUUUCUAUGUUUCCUAUUAAGAUGUUGACUUUUUUGCCGGAAAUUUUUCUGCUCUCAUGUCUUCAAUUCUCAACAAUUCUAUUUUGUCAGUGUUUUAAAUUGAGUAUUGUUUGUGAAUAUAACUAAUACUUGUUUGUGUCAUAAGAUGCAUACAAGUGUUUAUAUCAGAAAAAAGCUGUCAUAAUCAUGUGUAUUAUUUGUUUUAUAUUACAUGUAUAAGGUAUAUAAAAGAAAUCCUAUAUUAGGGUGUACAAAAUAUGUAAAUACAUAGUGUAUACCCAACAAUAAGUAAAUAACAAUGUUUUUCUGUUGAUAAUGUGCUUGUUAUCGUUCAUUCUGUGAUGUUAAGUUAUGGUUUUACUACGGCCAAAUAUUACACUGCGCUGUGCUGACUAUACUUGUGUGUUUUAGUAUUAUGUUGUUAAAUGUCCGAUAUAAAUGAAUAUAAUAAAAACA